AUGGCCAUGGUUGGCGACCACCAAUCUUACGAUAUGUUCCCUCGACACGAGCACGAUUUCAGGCUUUACCCCGAAGCCCACCCCCAGACGGGCUACACUUCACCCACGCUAGAGAUGCAUAUGAGUCCAGGCGCUUUUAACAUUCCCCGGAGUGUCCAGGAAGACUACCGUCCAGUCUCGGGAUACGAAGCCGGCUCCAUGUACCCGGAAACGCACCUCAUGUACAGCAAUAACCACAAUAGAGCUUCCCCUAGCAUGUUCCCUGAAGACUACGAGAUGCCAGCCUCAAGCCUCUCGGCUCCCUCAGAAACGGCGUCUUCAACCGUCGGGUCGCCUAACUCAAAUCACGGCCAAUUAGCUUUCUUCCCCGAGUACCAACAGAGUGGUCUCGGUGUGAACCCGGGAAUUGUCGACUCAAGCAAUUACUUUACAGGAACGGAAUACUCUACUUAUCCCACUAUGGAUGAAUUUAACAUGGCUUUUGUUGACAAUAAGGCUAUUGAUCCUUCACUAAUACGCGGAACGAUGGCCCCACCGAUGCAGGGGUACGACAACUUCUCCCCUCAAAACCCUUAUCCUACUUCUCCUGCUCUCUCUGGUACUGCUUCACCUGCGCCAGCCAUGCGCAACGGCAGCCAAUCUCCCUACAUGCACCCCUUUCAGCAAUACAGCCCUUUCCAGGCACCACCUGCUGCGCCAGCCAGGCGACAGUCUCUAUCAUCUUACCAAUCACAUGGGUCGCACGAGUAUGCGUAUAACAGCGACGAAUCGGAGAAGAAGCAAAGAUGUCCACACCCAGAUUGUGGGAAGGUCUUUAAAGACCUUAAGGCCCACAUGUUAACACACCAGAAUGAGAGGCCAGAAAAGUGCCCCAUUCAAACGUGUGAUUAUCAUGUUAAGGGUUUCGCGCGGAAGUAUGACAAGAACCGACAUACAUUGACCCAUUACAAGGGUACCAUGGUGUGCGGAUUUUGUCCUGGGUCAGGCUCGGCCGCCGAGAAGUCCUUCAACCGGGCUGAUGUCUUUAAGCGGCAUCUAACCGCCGUACAUGGCGUCGAGCAGACCGCCCCUAACAGUAGGAAGAAGGCAACCUCGGUGAACAGCGGCAAGAAGUUAACUGGCUAUGCGCCAGACGCCACAGGCAAGUGCUCGACAUGCUCAGCUACGUUCGAGAAUGCCCAGGACUUCUACGAGCAUCUGGACGACUGUGUCUUGCGCAUCGUUCAGCAAGAAGAUCCAGCAGAGGCCAUCAACGCAAAGCGGUUGGCCGAGGUGGAACAUGACGAGGAUGUUCACCAAACGCUUGAGAAAAACCAACUGCCUCUUACCACACAAAGUGUCCCUAACUCCGAUGACGAGGAGGAUGAGGAUAUGGCUGAAGAUGACGACGCCGGGGAUGAUGAACACAAGCCGAGGAAGUUAACCUCUCCCACAUCAAGGAAGAAGGGGAACCCGCCCAACGGUGUUCAAAAGUCGCGGGGCAUGACACAUUCGCGAGGCGGCGUACAAUUAUCAGGCAAGAGCAAGAGCCGCAAGAACCGACGCGAAUACCCAUCUUCAUGGGGCUUUGAUAAGGGCCAGAUGACCAUGAAGAAGCGGGUCAUGGCAGUAUUCGACGGCCCUCGCCGACUAGCUAAAGACGAUAUGAUGCUUUCGACAGAGCACGAGAUCCGCCUAAAGCUUUCUGACGACAAGUCAUACGUAACAGACCUCGACAUCCAGACGCUGAAGCGAGCUAACGGCUUCCUAAACGCCACAGAGGAAGAGAAGGGAAUAUGGAUUUCGGAUGAUCCUACCGAGGACGACAGGAAGCGCAUGGAGUAUGGCCAUUAG